AUGGAAUUGCAUUUAAUCUAUCCAUAAUAAAUAAUUUCUUGUGAUUAAUUAAAUGAAGAAUUAUCCAUUAACUUUCUAAUACAUGGGACUCUCAAUCUUGGAAUUUAAAAUAAUUAAUUUUUUAAUUUUGAAAAAAUUGAUGAAUUAUAAUAAGGCUAACAUUUUGGAUAAUUAAGCUUUUUUACAGGUUAAAAGGACUGUCUUUCCUUCUAAAGCAAUCAUUAUUCUCUUUUAUUUAAAUUAAAAAGAUAAAGCUUAAUUUAUUGUAUUGAAAAAAAUACUAUUGAUAAUGAGAAACUAUCAAUAAUUAAUUAAGCUAUAAAUAAAUAGAAUUAUUCAAUAUUGUAAUUGAAAUGUCAAUGUUGUAAUUCAAGUUAUCAUAUACUUGGUGAUUGCCCAUAGGUACAUAUGUUUCUAAAUAAAGAUGAAAUUAUUUCUCAAUUUCUAUCUCCUUAAAUUCAAGAAAGAAAAAAAUGUAAAAACUUCAUUUUUAUUUAGAUUUAAGAUUAUAAAAUAAUAAAAAAAAAAAUAUAAUAAGAUUAAAACAGCUGAAAAGUUUUUCGUUUAAAUCUGAUGCUUCAAAGAAUAUGUAAAAAAAGUAGAACAAUAACUAAAAUGUAGAAAGAAAGAGUUCAGCUUUUAAUUUUGAAAAUAAUAGUAAUUUGUUUAAUUUUAUCUCUUUUUAGGUGAAAUUCCAAAAGAAUUUAAAAGUGAAAAAAUUUUAGAUUAGCAAAUAGUAUCGUAUUAAAUAAAUUCGAUAAAUAGCGUUUAAGAAUUAUAUAAUGAUACCUAAAAGAAAAGCAAAUAAUGUAUAAUUAAUGAAUAAAGUAAUGAAUAAAAUGAGUAUACGGAUAUGAAUAAAGGCGCAAUAAAUUUAGAUUGUUAAGAUUAUUUAAUUAAUCCUUAUUAAUAAUAUAUAAUAACUGAAAGUAAACCUUUUUUGGAUGAAUGUGAAUCAAGCAAUAUGGUAAAUAAUUUAAAUAGUUACAAAUCGAAAUAGAUGUCAGGUACAAAUGCGAAUUCAAUCCAACAUCAAUAAUUUAUAUCAUUAACUGGAUAAGUAUAAUAUUUUUCAGUAUGUACUAGAUGAUUUCAAUUUUAAAUAAUGAACUUUAUAAUUAAUUUACAAAUUUAAAUAUUGAUAAAUGGUAGAAUUAUGAGUACUUUGAAGUUCAUUAUAAUUUUUGGAAUAUUGAAAAAAAGUUGAGUUAGAAGUAAGAGGAUUAAAAAUCAUAUAAAAAUUCAAGAUAGACUUAGGAUUGUAAUGUGAGUAUAAAAAUAAAUAAAUUGAAAGAAUAAGAUGAUUGA